AUGAAACGCAUGUCAUCGUACGACACGGGAGCAGAGUCAUCGGACCUGAGUUUAGACAGCCAGAAGGGGAAAUCUAAGGGAAAAGGAAAGAAUGCUAAGAAUGGGGUUGAAUACAAUGAGGAGAAGGAAAAUAAAAAAAACGACCAGAAGAAAAAAAGGGAUCACAAAGAUAAGAAAAAGAAUGAACAUUCUGAAAAAAGAAACCAAGAAGGUAAUAACAAUAAUAAGAACGUGAAAAACAAUCAGAAAAAUGCUGUCGAUAUGUAUAAAAGUAAACUAAAAUUCUUAUUCGAUAACAUAAUUAUAAUAGGAAUUAUUUUAUCCUUUAUGACAUUGAUAUCGUUUAAAUAUUUGGAAGAAAAAUAUUCAAUGGAAUCUUAUUUCGAAGAUGGGGAUUCUUUUGAUUAUUAUGAAGUGUUAAAAUGUAAAAGAGGAGAUAGUAUACAUAAAAUAAAAAAAAGUUAUCGAGAUUUGUCUAAAUUGUAUCAUCCAGAUAGUAAUAAAAAUUGUAAAGAUUGUGAUAAAAAGUUUAGAGAUAUUACAAAAGCAUAUAAAACAUUAUCUGAUCCAAGGUUAAAAAAAGCAUAUGACAAUUCAAAAGGAAAAGUGUUAAAAUUGAUUGAAUCGAAUAGUAUAAAUUUGAGCAUGAAAAAUUUUACCGAUUUCGUAGAAAAUUCAAAUGACUAUUGGCUUAUACAAAUAUAUUCUGAUACAGAUCAUCUUUCUUUGAAUUUUUCGAAUAUAUGGGAAGAAGCAUUUGAUAAAUAUCAUGAGUACAUUUCAUUUGGAAGAAUAAAUAUAUUAACAGAUAAAAAAUUAGUAAAAAAUAAAAUUCCAUUUAAUGUGAAAAUUUAUCCUACGAUUUUUAUUUUAGCUCCUGAUGGAACUUACCAAUUAUAUUCAAACAUUUAUAAUGCCACAUCUAAAGAUUUUCAAAAUUUUAUUGUUAAUAAUUAUCCAAGUUAUAUUUACAACAUAGAUGUAUUUAAUAAGGAAUAUUAUGCUUUCGAGAGAAAAAAAGAUCUUGUUAGUAAAAACGGAUCCACACAUAUUGAUAAAAAUAACAAAGUUAUACUCUUGUCAAACAAGAAGAAGUUAAGUCUCCAAGCUAAACACAUUACACUCAAGUUUAAUAACAUCUACACAACUUAUGCCAUUAGAUAUAAUGAAAUUGACCUCAUAACCAAUGAACCACUCAAAAAGGAAAUAAUAGAUGCUCUAAAAGUGCUAAGUGUUAAAAAAAAUGAAUAUUUAAAAGAAAAUGAAAGUAUUGAUUAUUUCAUACUCGUUAAUAACAAAAGCCAAGUGAAAAUUAUAAGACGCAUUUCAGCUACCAACAUCAAAAAUGUGUACAAUGAUGCAUUACAAAAAAAUUUAGUGGAAGUUAAUUCCAUAAAUAUAGAUUCUGUGUGUUCAACUGUGGGUUCUAGACACACCUAUUGCUAUGUUACCAUUAUCGACAAAUUGAAUAAUGAAACAACUUUGAAUACUUUGAAAAAAAUUUAUCAAUAUAUAAAUAAUUCCUAUACAAGCUUUACAUCUAAAUCAAGUGCAGAAUACAUAGACAAUCAGAUGUUCAUACAACCUGUAUACGUUUUGAAAUCCAGUAUGACCAAAAAUUUCUUCAAAUUUGUAAAGGAUAAAUCUAUCAACACGUAUGAUUCUUUCUUUCUUGAUUACUCAUCAAAUACCUUUGCAACAAUUAACGAGAUAAAAAAUUUAAGUAACUAUUCCCAGAAAAAAGAUGAUUUAUUUUUUCUCUCCAACAUUUACAAGGAUAUAGAAAUUUUAAAUUUUGAAAAAAUACCAAAAUAUUGCCUUCCUAUGGGAAUCAAUUGCUUUUAUAACACCAAGAUAACCUUUUCAUACAAACUUUAUAACAUUUUUAAGAAAACUUCAAAAUCCCAAGUUAUCUUGUCAUCUAUUGUAGGUUUUCUAAUGUAUCCUUCCUUUAAGCAAUAUGGGAAAUUAAAGUAUGCUUAUUUGGCUGCCUCAGUAGGAGCCACUUUUCUUGUAACGAAUUUGAAAGAGUUUUUCCUCCUCUUGGUAAGUUAA